AUGGCACGCCUCAGCGAAGAGCACUUCAAGCGCACCCCACUCACCCCCACGCCCACCCUCCCAACCCGCCGCCCAAGCCGCUUCAAAGAGAUCUUCAAACCACGCUUCAGCCUGAGUCCCAACGCCAACUCGUCGUCCAACACACUGACAAAGGCCCCGCCGCCACCAUCUCCAUCACCCCAAACCACCAUGACACCGGGCUUCGAAACAAUCGGCCUGCUGCCUAAGGAACGCACCUCCCCCUCCCCCUCCUCUGCUGUUCCCACACCCCAACAACAAGGCACAACCAGCGGCGCCGAACUCGCAGAGGAGCUGAGAGAUGUAGGUGUGCCGGGUGGUAUGCAUGUGCAUGCGUGUUUUAGAGACUUUGAUGGUGCGUAUGCGAUUACGGAGGAGGGGUUCAGGGAUAAGGAGGGGAGGCCGUUGACGGAGUAUGAGGCGGAUUUGGGGAGGGCGGAGAGGGCGGAUGGCGGGGAGGGUGGGGAUGGCGGAGAUGGUAGGGGUAAAGGGACGGAUGGCGGAGAUGGUGGAGUUGAUGGACUGUUCGAUGGGGCUCGCGCGCCUGAGCGUCUGGAUUCGCGUUUUGCCAAAGAUACGCACGUCAACGAGGAGAAGAGCAGUAGUACCCGUCGCCCCUCUGCGUCUAGCAUCUCGUCCUCCUCCCCGAGUCAGAGCAUCUGCGAUUACAUCGACCGCCAGACCAACAAGGCUAUCCUCGAGCACGAGCGCACUCACACUCACACGCCAACACAGUCCACGACGCUUACCCUGACACUGAAACUCACCCCUUCCCUCGGGCCAAAGGUUACCACUUCGACCACCAAAUCCAUCGGUCCCUUCAAAAUCUCCGACGCGCACCUCGCUGCAUCCACCCAAUCCCUCAUCCUCACAGCAUACAUCCUACUCUUUCUCGGCGCGGCGCUUGUCGGACCUAAGACGUUCUUCCUCACGCUUUGGCGGGUUGGUGUAUUGUUGGCUGUGUAUGCGGGAAGUGGUUGGUAUCUAGGUUGGGGUGGUGAUGGGGUGGAGGAUGUGCUGCUUGCGCCGGUUGGGUGGGCGGUUGGGGGUUUGGGGGUGGAGGUGGAGGGGGAGGGGGAGGCCACUCAUAAGUUUGGUGUGAAAGGUUAG